CCUUCUUUCCAAAAAUUGCUCGGCAACCUCUUGCAUUGCUUUGCAAAUGCCAAACGUCUUUUCAAGUCUGAAUCUAGUAAUUGUCCUUUACGACGACACUUGCUGAAACGUUAGCCCAUGCGAUUCAGAGCACGCCUCAAAGUCCUGUUGCUAAUUUCUCCUUCAGGUAUGCCCGCCUCUCUUUGAAUGUCUGUAGAACAAAAAUUACCCUCAGUCUUUCGAAGUUUCAGCAGUGCAGCAGUUAACUUUCGUUCGUCCCGCAGUGUGAGUUUUCGAUUGGUUUUCUUCAUGGGAUAUUUUCUCCGGUCAGGCCUUUCAGUUUCACCAAUGGGUUUCUUACAGUGACGAUGUAAGGUCGAGCGAGGAUAUUGUGGAUACAUUUCCUGCAAUCGCUUUAGCGGCUCGAAAGACGGGGGCAGGGGGUACAAAGCCUAUUUAUUAGCAUUUUUAGCUAACUUUUAUUACAGCUGCUCGGUCCAAACUUAUUUGUUCUAGUAGACAAAAUAAUAACCUACCUUUUCGUGAAAAAAUAUCAUUCUUAUUUCUUUACCCUGAUUUUAUAUGAUUUUUUUUCUAUCGAAAUUUUGAGAAUCUCAAUAAUUCUCUGGUAUACCUCGCGUGUAGCAAACGUGCUCCACAAUUUCGCUUCGCUCGCUUCACUCGCGAAGCUCAAUUGCUUCGCAAUAAUUGGCUUAGCUGGCAUGCUAUUUCUCUUAAUACUUCGAGUUGGAAAGCUUGUACCUUUUCUCUGAAGGCACACUAUAUUAAUUUGAACGUUUAUAAUGCGCAAAAACAUGUUAUAUUUUAUGGCGUCAUUAAAAAGAAGAUUUUAAAGUACCAAAUUAUCAGCUUGGCAUGCUUGGUAUCCUUUUCAUACAGCAGAAGAAAAGUGAGUUGCGAAGUUCUGAAGCCACUGGGAAUUGUUUGUACAGCUCCAUGUCCCUGCUUCUUGUUGGCGACAACACACUGGUUGACGAGCUGCGACAUUUAACUUCGUUAGAACUUUUUCUUCACCCUGAGGUAUAUAGUAAGCAUCCUGUUUUAGUUUCUUGCUAUGAAAAACAUCAAGGUAAGUCAUUUAAAUCUUUUAAUUGUAUUUUACAUAUGAGCAUGUCUUUUUCUGCAACUGAAACUGGUGUAACACCAAUAGACUUUGUGAGAAAUGAAGCUGUUUUGAACUGUACUAACCAGACUUGGUGUAGUUUGCUGUGCAUGUUUGCUUUGUCUACGGUAACAUCAAAAAACAUCUUUUCCUAUUUCCCUGACUGUGGUGAUGAGAGAGAUAAACUUUUAUUUAACUGCAAAAAUGAACCCAUGUUUACAUCAUUAAACGAUAAAGUUACUGAUGCUCAUAUUUUGUUUUGUCUGCAAGGUGUUCAUGCAGAAUGUGAUCAGACUUUUAAAGCCAACCAUUUUGUGCCAGUAUUAUUUCUUCCUAAUGGUACCAAAAGGAAACUAAUUCAACAUUCCAAAAAAAUCUUGCCGCAGUCUAAAAAACCCUGUUUGUUCCCAAAAGAUGGGAAGGUAAAAUCAAAGUUGUCGUUUUGGACAGACCAGCGCAGCGACAAACUUAUUUUGCCUACUUGUAAGAAAAAAGACUUACCCCAAAUAAAAGAGGAGCACAAAACUGUUGUUGAUGUUUCUUCCAUGCCUCCUUUCGCUGGUAGUAGUAAAGUUAAUUCAGAUACUGUUGUUUGUGAUAGUGCAUUGUCCAAUGCACCAGACACAACUACUAGUCAUCCUCUGUGUUCAUCUUUAAACUAUCCUCAAACUUAUUUUGAUGUCUCAGAUUACACAGAUAAAGUUUUUCAAAUAAAGGAUGAUCCAUUAAAAGUUCAUGACCUUAUCCAAAAUGUUUAUAAACCUGAUCAUUCUUAUAAAUUUCCGAAAACAAAUAGGUCUUUUCGUUUUGAGUGGUUAACAAAGUUUUCCUGGUUAUGUUAUUCACCCAAGGUUGAUGGAGCUUAUUGUCUGCCAUGUGUUUUGUUUGGACACAAGUUUUCUUCCAAAUUAAGUAAAAUUAAAAAACUGUUUUCUGAACCUUUUAAGUACUGGCCUGAUGCUUGUGCCAACUUUGUGAAACAUGAGUCAAGUACUGGCCUUCAUGCUUACACAUCUGCUACGUUUACUAGUUUUAUGGCUAACUAUUUUGGUAAUUCUCAGCCGAUUGAUGUGCUUCUUGAUACUAACCAUCAGAAGAAAAUUACUGAGAACAGAAAGAAAUUGAUACCAAUUGUUCAGGCCAUUAUUUACUCUGGUAGACAAGGGCAUGCUUUAAGAGGUCACCGUGAUGACUCACAAUAUCAUGGUGAAUUAGGAGAAUUUUCUGGUGGUCGGGUAGGAAAUUUUGUUGAACUUUUGAAUUUUAGAGUACAAGGUGGAGAUACAGCUCUUGCUGACCAUCUUAAAACUUGUCCCAAAAAUGCUACAUACAUUUCUAAAACUACCCAGAAUGAAUUAAUCAACUGUUGUGGAUCUGUAAUUUUGGAUGAAAUAAUCCAAGAAGUAAAAUCAAACACUUUCUUUUCUAUUCUGGCAGAUGAAGCUGCUGAUUUAUCUAAUAAAGAGCAAAUGUCCUUAGUUUUACGUUUUGUUGACAGUAAUUUGAAUAUACGUGAGGAGUUUGUUCAAUAUAUUCAUUGUGAUGAGGGGCUGGCAGGUAAAGACUUGAAGUCUGUUCUCUUAAAGUCACUUCAUAACCUGACUUUAAAUAUUAAGGAUUGUCGGGGUCAAGCAUAUGAUGGUGCAGGUGCUGUUGCUGGGUAUAAGAAUGGACUUUCUGCCCAUAUUCUUAAUUUAAAUAAAAAGGCUAUAUAUGUUCAUUGCAACAGUCAUCGUUUAAAUUUAGCAGUUGGAAAAUCUUGUACAAUCAGCUUAGUUGCCCAUGUGAUGGCUAAAAUAAAACACAUUUCCUAUUUCUUUAACUAUUCUCAAAAAAGACAGCAAUCCCUUAUGAUUAACAUAGAUAAAUAUAGUCCGACUUCUAAAAAAACUAAAUUAAAGGAUGUUUGCCGUACUCGGUGGGUUGAACGAAUUACUGGUUUAGAUCUCUUUCAAGAGUUAUAUGUGCCUAUUUAUAUUACUUUGGAAGAGAUGAAAUUAAACUUAAAUCGACAGUUCAAUUAUGACACAUCAAAACAAGCUGUUGGUUUUUUUCACCAAAUAGCUAAUUUUGAAUUUCUUGUCACUCUGGUGAUCACAAGGAACGUAUUUGACAUAACACUUCCAGUUACUCAAUUGCUACAAAAUAGAACAAUUGAUGUUAUGGACAGCAUAGAGCUUAUUCAAACAUUAAAAAAUGUUCUCCUUCAAACCAGAAAUAAUGUGGAACAUUUUCAUGAUAGGUGGUAUGAGGAGGCUUUCUCUUUGUGAAAAAGUAGGAAUUGUGGAGGAGAAGAAGAGGACUGUUGGAAGGCAAACCACAAGAGAUAAUCAUCCUUCUUUUUCAACUUCUGAUUACUAUAAAAAAUCAGUUACUAAUCCUCUUUUAGACCAUUUAAAUAGUGAAAUGAAGAAUCGUUUUCAACCGUUUUCUCUAAAUGCUUAUAAUGGCCUAUGCAUUGUUCCAGCAAAAAUGGUUUCUUUGAUUUCUGGAGGUAAAACAAA